AUGGCAGCUCAUUCCUAUAUCUUCGUCCUGAGCUUGGCUCUCGUCUUUUGCGCCAUUCCACAGGCAACCUUAGCUGAUUCUGGGACUGCAACGUAUUACACUGAAUACGUCCCCUCCUCAUGUUAUGGGUUCGACACUCCGGGCGGGAUGAUAGCUGCGGCCAGCGAUGAGUUUUGGGAAGGUGGGGCUGCUUGCGGGAGGACGUACUCGGUGACGUGCACCGGUGCCACCAACCUGGGCGAUCUUCACCCGUGCACCGGCGAGUCGGUGGUGGUGAAGAUCGUCGACUAUUGCCCGGCGGGGUGUCGCGGCACCAUCGACCUCUCGGAAGAAGCUUUCAAGUCCAUAGCCCACCCAGCUGCCGGAAAAAUAUACAUAUCCUACGACCGGUACGUCUAUCUCAUGCACGAUCUCCACGAUUGUUAUCAAGGACAGUUUUAG